AUCUCGCUGCUCGUGUUCUCGGAAUCGUCAGUUCGCAUCAGUUCGUCGUUAAAUUCACGUGGUUUUACAGUUCGUCAUCUCCGAUAUUUCCCGCCGCAAUCGAGCACCGACUUGGCAUUAAAAAAAAUGCCGAAGAAGCAGCAAAAGAAUGGCUUCUGGUAUUUCAUGAUGGACUUCAAAAAAGCUGAGGAACAUCAUGGGAGAUCCUUCCCCGGUGGCCUGAAGGAGGUGCAGAAUGAUCCCGAGUGCUCAAGACGCUGGAAGACCUUAUCCAACACCGAAAAGCAGCGUUACAAUGACCUGGCCAAGAAGGAGAAGGGACGAACAGUGAAAUUGACUGGAUUGGGCGAGCCCAUCGUCCUGAUCCAGGAGAGAGCAAGACAACUCCAGGAGAAGGAGGAGAACAUGAAAUUAGACAUCGCAGAGACGAUCAGACUGGCCAAAGAGUGUGGCAAUGUCCCAGAUCUCACCUUCUACCUCAUCCACGUGAAUUACUUUUACUCGAAGGAUAGGCCUGACUCGUCGGUGGAUUACACCCCCGCUGAACUGGGGAUCAUUGAAUUCUCCCUUGCUGAGGGAGUUAAGUCCUUCCUCCACCAGAUUAUCAACGUGACAGUUGAGAUUGGCUACGCGAGGGAGACGAUGGAGCACGGGGAGAGCACCCACAAGAUCCCAACGGACUAUGCGAGAGGGCAGGGAGACUAUGGGAAGAUUUAUGAGACAUUUCGAGAAUUUUUUAAAUCUACGAAGGAACAAACAGGCAAGAUUCCUCCUAUCUACACGGCGCAGAAGAAUAAGGCUGUUGUCACUAGUUUCUUGGAUAGGAUUACGAGAGCAGCAGAUCUCCCAGACGACACUUUCCCUCUCUACUCCCUGGAGUGUCUCUUCGGGAAGCUCAUGUUCCUAUGCAACCCAGAAAUCGAUCGCAAUUGCAACCCCAUCCUCCUGGCAGAAUCGGAACUGGAGAAAGAUGCAUUCGCCUACUCUUCAAACAUCGAGUGCGAGUAUCAUCACAUGAUCGAAGGGACUUCCAUCCACUGCUCCCUCUCUAUCGUUCGCCAGUGGGGCUUCACAAUUUGCGACUAUUGCUGCUCCUUCUUCGGUGUUAAGAUGAUCCCAAAUGUCCAUUGCCCAGCUGUUUCCAUGACUGACGACCUGGACAUCCUGGCGACAAAUAUAGCAUGUCUCCACAUCGAGAAGAAGCAUAUUCCAGGCACUGUCAAGAGCAUGACUGGGGUCACUGAGGAGUAUAGGCUCAAGAAGGCUGGGCGCACAGCACAAGAGGAGGCGAGACGGAGGAGAGAAGCUAUCAAGAAUCCACUUGUCAUUAUCGAUCACAGUUUGUUGCAGCCGAAACCACUAUCACCACCACCACCAGUACCUGUUGAGAAUCGCAACAAACACUUGAGACCCCUGAGAGCACCAAAAUCCUUGAAACUGAUUGUGGAAGGAUCUGAUGGGGAUGUUCCAGCUCUGGAUGACGUCAAUUUCCCAUCAAUGGGUGCUCCACGACAUGCCAGAUCCGCCAGGAUUGUUUCUAAACUCGUGAAGGGGGCAGGUCGUGGGGGAAUCCCCUCUCAAUAGGACUCUUGAAACUCGAACAUUGAAACCCUUUUUUUUAUUAUCUCAAGUCUUCAUCAGUCCCACGAAAUUCCGAGGAAUUUCUCCCAUUUAAAUCUUUCGGAUGAAAAAUUUUCAGAUGUCGAGUUCAAUGGAAUCAGUUUCAUGUAAUUGAAUUAUCUCUUUAAUUUUUGUUUUACUUUCUCGAGAUGAAUCGAGACAUUUUUCUCCAUUCAGAAUGUUUUGAUUAAAAAACUAUCAAUUUCAAGAAUUUUGACUGAAAUCAUCAUACAGAAUCAAUGAAUUGUAUCUAGUGAUGAUUUUCAUUGAAAGAAUUUGUGAUUUAAUAGAAGUAUUACAAGAUCAAAGUACAAUUAUGCGACCAAAUGUAACAGAUUUGUAUUGAACAAAAAUUGUGUUCGUGAGAUAGAAAUGACUGGCAGAUUCAUACGUUAUUAUGCAUUGGAAAUAUAUUUUUUAAUGUUCUGUGUGAA